AUGAAUGAAACUAAGGUAUUGGUUGGACCUAGAAUAAAGUUCACUUUUACUGGGCUCCGUAAGCCGAAUUAUACUCAGAUACGAUUUCGGAACGAUACCAAACUCCCUUGUUUAAACCGGAGACCUUUGAUUAGUAUAAAGAGGAGAAGAGAUCAGAUGAAUAAUAGCUUACUUAAGGUGCAGAGAAAGCGAAUACUUUUCUCGCAAUCACCGCCUCCUUCUGAGGGAUAUUUUAAAUAAAGGUUUACGGCCUCCCAAGUUCUUCUGUAAGCUUGAGAAAGAUACUUGGAUUCCAGUAACCAAAGCGCUUUGAGAGAGAUUCAGGCGAAAACGUGCAGGUAGAAAUAGGCCUAAUCGAAAUGUGAAUGACUUGACUAAUCCAAGGCGGAUGACCAUCAGGGCCGAAUCACGUUUUCACCUCUAACCUAAAAAUCUUGUGCUACAAAACAUAUAUUUUCAA